UCCUCCCUUCUAUCACCAGGCGGCGGAGGAAGACCCAAGGUGUCCUGCAUGGAAGCAGUAGCAGGGGCAGGGGAGGCGUGGAUGGGGAGGAAGGGCGGCUGCUACUGCAGGAGCUCGAGAAGUUGCGGCAGCAACAGAGAAGUCUCGAGGAGGAGGUGAAGGCCAUGAGCAAGCGAGUGCAGGCCACCGAACGGAGGCCGCGUCAACUUAUGUCCUUCCUCGUCAAAGUGGCCGAGGACCCCAAGCUUCUCCUGCAAAGACUCGUUCGCUCCAAACAGCAGCAGCAGCUAUCUACGGAGAAGAAGAGACGGCUAUUCGCUUUCCCUGCAACAACUUUGCUGCCUUUCGAUGAGGUUUCAGCAAUGCUUAAGCCUUCACGUACGGAACCAAAACCACUUGAGGUCGGUGGUUUUGAUCUUUCUGCGCGUCAAACAAGUUCCCAACCUGAGUUUGGACUGAGCGGGACGAGUUCGCGGACAGCAUCAUCAACAGUAGCCUUCCCCUUCACCUUGCUCGACCAAGGAUUUUUCUAGCCUUACGUCUGCAGGUGCUACAGUAGCGAGAGACAAAAAAAAAUCUGGGGAUCAAUCUUACUCCUCUAUCUUUGGAGAAUCUAGUCUACAAUUGGAAGACUUGCUUUAAGCGCAUCUUCCAUUACCACUCUGUAUACUUGUUAAUCUAGUAGAAGAGAUCUUACAUUCCGGUUA